CUUCCGGCGCGAAAACACUCGUUUCUCUUGCUACGAGAAACAGAAAUAUUAGAUAUGGCUUCGGAAGUGAAAGACGAGGGAAAGUUCUAUAACGACGCUAAGCAGUAUUGGAAAAAUGUUCCUUCAACAAUUAACGGGAUGUUGGGUGGUUUCGGACAAAUAUCGGUUACUGACAUAAAUGGAUCAAGGGCAUUUCUGCGACCGUUUCUUACGACUGGAGGUGGACGCACUGGUACCAAAAAGGCAAUUGAUUGUGGGUCUGGCAUUGGAAGGAUAACAAAACGCCUCCUUCUUCCAAUGUUUGACUCAGUGGACAUGGUGGAAUUGAAUCAGGAAUUUCUUGAUGGAGCUGAGGAGCAUAUUGGAGGAGAAUUUAAGCGUGUAGGAAAUCUCUACUGUUGUGGACUUCAAGACUUCACUCCAGAAAAGGGAAAAUAUGAUGUCAUUUGGAUACAGUGGGUCACUGGACAUCUUACUGAUGACCAUUUUGUACAGUUUCUACAACGAUGUCAAGAUGGACUCAGUGAAAACGGCAUUGUUGUUCUCAAAGAUAACUGUAGCCCUGAAAAGGUGUUUGAUGCAACAGACAGUAGCUAUAUGAGAACUACAGAAGAAACAUUAGAACUUAUAGUUAAAUCAGGACUGAAAAUGCUUCAAGCUGAAAAACAGAAGGGCUUUCCUAAGGCUAUUUAUGAUGUUAAUAUGUUUGCGUUACAAUAGCUUAUAACUAUAUUCUAGUUUUAAAAGACAAAUUUUAGAAGAUAUCUGAUACUCUAUCAUGGUUGCUGUUUUGAAUGGAGCAGCUGGUAUGUUCAUUCAUUCCAAUGUUAAAACUUUUUUUAAGACAUGUUGGUCAGUUCAGCUGUAGUUCCUUUUGCCAGUAUGAUUCCGGUUAUUAAUUCAAAUGCAGCAUGAUUACAUUCAUGCACAAGAGUUGCUUCCCUUCUACUUCUAGGUUUCAUUUGUGAGGUGGCAAAAAUAAUCCAGUGCCACGAGACAAAAUUUCAACUGAAUUUUACUUUUCAGUGAAUACAGGGCCUUUUUAGAGGCCGAUAAUGGGUCCUAUUUUCUAUUUACUACAACUGAUAAUGAUUUGAUAUGCUGUCAACAUCCGCUUGGUAUGUUUUUAACCUGGAGUUGUUUCUUACCAUGAUAUAGAAUCCUUUUGUGUCCAUUUGACAGACAAUUUUUAUGGAUACUACAACAGGUUAUGUAUUUUGUUAUGCAUUGUGUAUUGUAGUUAAUCAUAUGAUUCAAACAUACAUCACCAUCAGUUAUUACUAAUGCAUUAGCAUACACUAAUGAUUUUUACAUUCUUGAUUUAAUUUUGAUUUUUUUGUGGAUAUUAACCUGUAAAAAAGCAACAGGUUUGCCUUCAAAUAAAAAGGUCAGAUAGAUGGAUUGUUAUUGAAACUUUUUACAUAGAUAUGUACCGUAUAGCUGAUUGUUUUCAAGGAAAUUAUAUUUUCACCAUUUCACGGUACAUUAACAUGACCACAAAAAUUUAACCCAUGAAAUAAUGAGACAUAUAUUUUCAUUUGUGAAAUUGUUUUGCGACUGUUUUAUUUCAAAAUUGUGAAAAUUUUCAUCCGUGAAAAUGAUACCAGCUAUACAGUGUAUGGACAUAAUAGCCUGAUCAUAUCAUGAUUUUCACUCAGAUUGUUUUGUGGUUAUCUUACAUUAUCUUACAAAAAUGUACAAUUCUUUUGACAACUUGAUCAGAGAAAUCUUAUUUUACAUGUAUUAUUUUUUAUUUUUGUAUUUUAGGAUUAAAUUCUCAAAUGAUAGAAUUAACACCAAUUAUAAUUUUGUUUGCUUAUCUAUUCUCUUCUCUUUGGGUAGGGGAUUUGUGCCAAACUUCUGUCAUAGUCAGAAUUUCUUUAAUGUUUCAUAAAACAAAACUACAAAAUUCAUUGCAUGUAAAUUGCAUUGUUACUUCUCAAUAGAUUUAGUUUCUUUGUAUAGGAUGAGAUGUUGUAUUCUGUCAUAUACAUCCUCACCUUCCUUCCACACAGCUACGUUCAGUUUUGUGUAAAUUACUGUUACCUGAAAACAUUGUACAAGGAUGUCAUUCUUUAAAAGGGGUUGUAAAAGAAUGUUGACAAAUAAAAUAUGGAAACUUU